UGUGACAUCAUGGUUCCUGGUAAGCAGUUCGGGGACUCGACACCGCCUCCCCCGAGAGAUGAUUUUUGUGGGCCGAGAGGACUGCGAGCUGAUGCUUCAGUCUCGCAGUGUGGACAAACAGCACGCUGUCAUCAACUACAACCCGACCACUGAUGAACACCUGGUGAAGGACCUGGGCAGCCUCAAUGGGACAUUUGUAAACGACCUUCGGAUUCCUGAUCAGACCUACAUCACCCUCAAACUGUCAGACAUCAUCCGCUUCGGAUACGAUAUCCUUCAGACGCACACACGCACUGUUUGUGUGCGUGUCUGUGCGCGCCUGUGUGUUUCUGUGCGUGUGUCUUGAUCUGUG